AUGUCUAUGAUCACAGCAACAACAUGGGUGCCGCGUGGAUUCGCAGCACCAUUCCCGUCAAGAUAUCAAUUCGACGAAGACGAAUAUGAGCGCAUCUCCAAACUGGCAAACCUGCAACUCGAGGACGCCAAGGAAGAACUCGAAGAGGCACAAGAGGAAGCUAAGGUCAAGAAUGGCACAUCUGGAAAGAAGCCAAAAGCAAGUGAGAACGACGAUGUGGAUGACGACCUCAAAGAAUACGACCUCGAGCACUAUGACGACGAUGUUGCCGAAGACCAGGGCGACACCAUGGCCAUGUUUGGCAAUGUGAAGAACUUGGUCUUUCACGAAAACGACGAAGACGACCCGUACAUCACCAUGCAAGGCGGAGAGGAGGACGAGGAUGAGGAACGGGAAGAGCUGCAGAUCUUGGCUACAGACAAUCUCGUCCUGGCCGGACGGAUAGAAGACGAGGUCGCACAUCUGGAAGUCUACGUUUACGAGGACGAGGACGACAAUCUCUACGUCCACCACGACAUCAUGCUGCCCGCCAUCCCACUUGCUGUCGAAUGGCUGGAUUUGCCAGUAGGUAAGUCUGUUGGCUCAAGCGAUGGCAAGGGAAACUACGUGGCGAUUGGUACCAUGGACCCGGACAUCGAGAUUUGGAAUUUGGAUGUCGUGGAUAGCAUGUACCCAGACGCAGUCUUGGGCCAGGGUGCUGAGGAUGCUGCCAGUGCAGGCAAGCCCAAGAAGAAAAAGAAAAAGUCAAAGAAGGCAAAUGACGAUUUCCACGUCGACUCUGUGCUUUCUCUUGCCGCCAAUCGUCACCACCGCAACCUGCUUGCCUCCUCAUCCGCAGACAAGACCAUCAAGCUUUGGGAUUUGAAUACGACCAAGUGCGCCAAGUCAUACACCUACCACACCGACAAGGUCUGCUCGGUAGCAUGGCACCCAGUUGAGUCUACAGCGCUCCUAAGUGGAAGUUAUGAUCGGACUGUGGUGGCUGCGGAUAUGCGAGCUCCCGAAGCAAAGGCGCCCCGAUGGGGUGUUGAAAGUGACGUCGAGACUGUCCGUUGGAACCCUCAUGACCCCAAUUACUUUUAUGUGUCUACCGAAAAUGGCAUGAUACAUUACCACGACACUCGCAAUGCGCCAAAAGAUCCGUCUGCAUCGAAACCAGUCUGGGUUCUGCAAGCGCACGACGAGUCCAUCUCGUCUUUUGAUAUCAAUCCCAUCAUACCUGGUUUCCUUGUGACAGGCUCGACAGACAAGCAAGUGAAGCUGUGGAACAUUCAAGAAAGCGGCCCAAGCAUGGUGGUGUCGCGAGACCUUGGCGUCGGACGAGUGUUCUCGACAUCGUUUGCACCCGACAAGGAAGUAGGUUUCCGGCUAGCGAUUGCGGGCAGCAAAGGAGCCGUGCAGAUUUGGGACACGAGCACGAACGCAGCGGUACGUGCAGCGUUCGCCAGCAAGGUUCCAGAAAUCAAGGGAGAUGGCAAAGAACGUCUCAUUGGGCUCGAUGAACCUGAUACCGACUCUGAUAGCGAGGAAGGCGAGAGCGAGGAUGGAGAGGAAGAGGGUGAUGGUGUAGACAAGGGAUGGGAAUCGAUGGAGGAGUAA